CUCACUCACUGCAAUUGGUGUGUCUCUCUAUACAGGUACAAUAGAGCAGAGAUAGUGCGUGAUUUGGCGUGGAGAGUAGGGCUUGAGCUUCUCGACCUUCCUUCUGAAAUCCAAGAGAAGCUCACCACACUGGAGAAAGAGUACUUCAAGAACCAUUCAGUAGCUAUCAAAACCUACAUGGGCAAAGAAGGAAUGGAGCUGAAUGUCGACAUGGUGCCUCCAAAAGAUCCUUACAUCAAGGUGAGAGUAAUGGAGAACAUCGACGAAGGAAUUGUGCUGAGUGACAAAACAACAAAUUUCUCUCGUCACUCUAUGCAUUUCCUUAAACGAACUGAUGCCGAACCCUACAUUGCUCGGGGACAAAUGGAGGAGCUGACAGGUUGA